ACAAAAAAGAAAAUAAAAGGGGAAAACCCUAACGAAUCGACACGCCUCCCUCCGCUCUCUCCCCUCCCCUCCCUCCGCUGACCGCCGCCGACACGCCACCCGCCUCCUGCUCCUCCCGCCGCCCGCCGCCACCGAGCAGUUCGUCUCCCCUCCUCCCACUACUGGACGGGCGUUGGCGGCGCGGAGAUCCGUCCGUACUCGGACUGGUUACUUCGCUAGGAGAUGGAAAAUAAGCGCUGUAAGGUCUCAUGAUUUCUGCUUGGAGAUCGAAAGCUGUGGUGCCAGUCUGACCCAUCUCGCAACUGUCAGGGAUUCAGAAGAAUAUUGCUGCGCAAGGAGGAAGGGAGGUUUUCUACUUGGAAUUACUUGACAUCCAUAUUUUAUCAGAUAAUAAAGAAGGGUUAUAAUGACUGGUGAUUCUAGGAAGCAGCGUUCCAAAUGGGACACAAAAGAACCUCCUGAUAUAGUUGAGAUUAGCGAAGAUGAGUCUCCUCCUGACAAGACGGAUGUUCACCAUAAAGGCGGAGAUUUACACCCAAAACCUGAUACCUCCAUGCGCCACAGUAGUGCUGGACAUGAGCAGGAACAUACUGAUGGGUUCAAUAAAGAUAUCAAGGAAAUGCAAUCUAAGGCAUCCUCUGAAAGAUCACAGCCUCUUAGAACGGCUGAUGAGCAUGAUAAUAAUGAGUGGGGUAGGGUAGGUUUGGAAAAGGCAGCUGGUAACCAAGGUAUGAACAGGUAUGCAGAUGAACGAAGACGUGGUGAUGGAUGGGGUACAUCUCUUAGUCGUGGUUAUUCUUCGAGGAUGCCUUCUGAUCCAGAUGCAUGGAGGCAGCACAGUCGCAGUCCAUCUCCAAGUGGUGUUUGGAACAGAUCACGCAGGAACAGAAGUCGUUCCAGAAGUAGAAACAGGAGCAGGAGUAGGAGCAGGAGCAGGAGUAGAGGGUGGGGCAGAGGCAGAAGCCGAAGUCCUCAUUUUGCUGAUCGUGGAUCUGAGUGGAGGGUUGAGAGAGGCAGAACAUCUGGAGGGCCUGCUUUGCCAUGUAGAGAUUUUGUAGCUGGUAGAUGCAGAAGAGGCUCGAAUUGCAGGUUCCUUCAUGAAGAUGGCAGGCACAGGCCAUUUGAAGAGCAUUAUCCUGCCGGUCCAAGGGAAAGGUAUGGGUAUCAGAACAAGGAAUUUAUGGAUUCACGAGAACAAAAUGACUAUUUACGGAGUAGGCAAUCUCGAGAUCAUUACAACGAUGGGACAUGGGAAAGAUCUGAAGCCCGAAGGGAUUACCGGUCUACUGAACAAUGCUAUAAUUUUGUCAAAGGGAGAUGCAGCAGAGGUGCUAGUUGCCGAUAUGCUCAUGAUGAUUCUGCCACUCAUGGUGGAUGGAGAGAUGAGGCUAGGGCCAGUGCCCAUGAUAGAGUUGGCCCUGAUUCAUCCUAUGGGAAUAGAACUGAGCACCGUAGGGUAAAUAAAAAUCCCUGUAAGUUUUUUGCUGAAGGUCGAUGUCGCCAUGGUGAAAAUUGUCCAUAUCUCCAUGAGGAAACUGAAGCUCCAAAUAGUCAGAUGGGACUGAGUGCACCUGAUGAGACUUUGAAUUACAGCGAUGGGCAUACAUCAAGAGGAAAUUACUCAAACUGGGGUGAACAAAAUAAUGCUGUGCAGGCAACUUCUCAGAUUUUGUCCAGAGAUGACAGGGAAAACCCUGUUUCUCAAAGUAUUGGCAGAAAUGAUUCUCGCUAUGAGUAUAAAGACCGGCAUUCAAAAGAUGCCAGAGAGAGCCAGUACCAGAUUAUUCCUCAGGAUGAUUUUGAUUCACAAGUGCAAAACAAACAUGGAGUUGCUGGUUCACAGCAGCCACAGUUAUUGACUCCUGUCCAAACUAGUGCAGAUAGCAAGAACAAUGAGAAGGUAUCUGCAAUGGACGGUCAGAGUGCUCCUGCAACUGAUGGCAAUUUGAGCAUGCAAACUGGGAUGCAUGCUGCUAAUAUUACAGGAGAGCAAAACUUGGGCCAAAUACUUCAGAGCCAAGAUGCAAUUACUCAAAUUACUGCCUCCCCAACUCUUCCAGUCGCCAACCAAUUGCAGAAUGUUACAUCCUCGUUCCCUUUGAAUAGCCACAUGCAACAAAGCAACUUCUCAGUACAUCCAAACAGGCAAGAGCAAUUUGUAGUUCCCCAGGCAGCUGCAAAUAACUCAACUCCUAGCGUGCAGGGCCAGCAGGUUGCUCCUCAUAUGGUGCACAACCAACAUGGCUAUGGUCUAGGCGCGCAGGCAUUGCCAAAUCUCUCUGCACAUAAUGGACAUAAUUUCAGUGUUGCUGGUCAAGUUCCACAUGAUCUUCCAACUACUAUGCAUGCUGGGCAGAGUCAGAUAACAAUCGACAUGCCGAGGUUGAACCAAGACAGUGGUGCUCAAAGCAUACAAAACAUGCAAAAUUUCCAGUCAAUUACUCCAAAUGUGCUAACUCAGAGCCAUUCCUUGCAAGGGUUAUCUCUUGUACCAACUUCCAGCUCAGCUGAUAUGGUUGGAGCUCCUGUUUUUCAUAAUUCAGCAAAUAGUGAAAAAGAUGUUCGACGUGUUACUGCAUCUUUGGCCCAAUACUUCGGAAAUGCUGGUUUAAGUGCUGGUACAAUUGGACUACAAUCAUCACAGCCUAAUAUGAAUUCGAGCCUGAUGGUCACUUCAUCUGCUGCAUCUCCAGCUGUUCAACCCAAUCCGUGGCCCUGGGCACAGCAACAAGCAGGCAUGGUCCAACCUGCGCUCGUUGUUCCAUCUGAACAGCAGCAGCAGGCUCCCCAGACGUUUCAUAUACCAAUGGCUGUUGGUAACAGUAAUGGCAGCUCUAUGCUCUUAACUCAUCCAGUUGCACAGACUGCAGCCGCUGCAGCUUCGGCGGUUAAUGAAACCAUGCCUUCAGAAAAUAAGAAAGGAGAUACCAAAGAUAGUGAUGCGGAGGCUCAUGAAGAUGGUGAUAAUAAGAAGAGCAAGGACUCGAAGGCACUGAAGAUGUUUAAAAUUGCGCUUGCUGACUUUGUGAAAGAAGCACUUAAGCCUACAUGGAAAGAAGGUCAGUUGAGCAGAGAGGUUCAUAAAACCAUUGUGAAGAAGGUUGUUGACAAAGUUACAAGCACAGUGGAAAAUACCCCACCAACAAAAGAAAAGAUUGAUAUCUACAUGUCCUAUUCUAAAGAAAAACUAAACAAACUUGUGCAGGCAUAUGUUCUCAAGUAUGCCAAGACAUGACAUUUUAUCAAUAACAUCGAGACGUGCGCCUUCUGCCUUAUGUUGAAAAGAUCGGAAGCACCUUAUCUGUGCUAAAAAAUUGAGGAUUCUGUAAAAUAGGGGCUUCGGUUAAAUCCGUCACAGCUUGUCCCUGCAGUUUCACUGUUUAGUGUGUUGGUAGACAGAUGGUGCCCCUGCUAGUGUGAUGGUGCCGAUUUCUAAUUGUACCUUUUGUAGAAUACUCAUUCAAAUAUUGAACUUUCUGUAGUGAACUAUGGAAGGUGUGGAUCGUUUCUAUGAAUAUGAGUCAAAUUACAUGC